AUGGAUAUAAAUCAUAGCCAUCCAAAUCAAGUUGCACACCAACCACAACAACAACAGCAACCACCACAACAACAUCAUUUGAAUCAACAUCAUUUGAUGUCAGAUUGUGUAAAGGAUGGUACAUUGGCUUAUAUCUAUGUGUUAGAGGAUUCACUGCUAUCGGACAACUCAUUCCAAUACCAAAAUGAACCGGUUCCCAAGAACUAUGAAUUCCUAAAGCAUCUCUCCACCAAAUCUCCCGAUAAACUAAAGAAUAUCCUACAGUCUCCAUUCACCAUAAACCCGUCUUCCGCCGACAUGUCUGAAAACAAAGAAAUAUUCGAUUUCACAAAAUUCUUUGAAGUCAAAGAUGCAACUAUAUUUCAUGAUAACAAUAGUAUAAAGAGAUAUGCAAGAUUUCACUUGAAUUUGACACUGAAGUUCAUGGGCUGCAAAUCGAUCCAUGCCCGUCACAUUACGAGUGCCAUCUUUGAGCAACUUGAAAAGUGCCGUGUCGCAGCGCAUUCACAGAGCCUGCAGUUCAAACGCUGUCCUAUGACUCCACCGACUUCCACUUCGACGGUGGUCGCUCUCAACUCGAAUGCGACCGACACCAUCUACUGCGUCGGUAUGCUCAAGAGCACAUUCUUUUACAUCGUUGGAUAUAUCAUCUCCACCUACCAAUACUCAAAGCCACAGUAUAUCUCUGAUUUCCCAGUGGCUUGCGAUGUACAAGAGAAGAAGCAUUCGUUCACCAUUUUGUUGGGUGGCACCAGUGGUUGCGGAAAGAGCACACUGACAGCACUUCUCGCCAGUCGUAUCGGAUUUGCCGCUGUCAUAUCCACAGACAACAUCCGUCAGAUUCUGAGGAAAUUCAUCAGCAGAACAGAAUCACCUAUAUUAUGGGCAUCUACCUAUCAUGCCGGUGAAAUCAUUUCCGAUCCAUCAUUAUCACAUAAAGAAAAAAUUUUACAAGGUUAUGAAGCGCAGAAUGAAAUGAUCUUUAAUAAACUGGACGUGUUGAUCGACCACUAUGAAAAGAGAAAUGAAUCGCUGAUAGUGGAAGGUGUGCAUCUUGAUACCAGAUUAAUUGUUAGACUAGUAAAGAAACAUCCGUCGUGUAUUCCAUUCCUAAUGUAUAUAAGUAACGAAGCUAAACACAAAGAAAGAUUUGCCAUCCGUUCGAAAUACAUGACACUCGAUCCACACCAAAACAAAUAUACAAAAUAUUUCAAGAACAUCCGUAUCAUCAAUGACUACCUGUGUCAAGGUGCCGAUUCAAUUUUAGUAAGUUCAACAACUUCACUUCAAUUCAUAUUAUAUUUAUAUUCAACAACAUUCUAUUCUACUUUCUACUUUUAG